CUGUUACCAACCUGUUUAUCUCCGCUGCGCGUCCGCCUCGCUGCUCAAGGAUACAUUCAAGCCAGUCUCCACUGUUUACUCUGAAAGCUUGACUUUUUUUUAUUUGCUCCCCAAAGCAAACGCUACGGGAUAUAGUCCUUUUUGCGGUUAAUUGUAACGGUUUUUGCUUAACUUUUUUGCUUGUUUGUACUGAGUAGACUUCGACCUCGCUGGGGCACCUGCCUCAAACAAGGAAGUGUCUCCUGUUGAGUGCGACGCUAAUGAAUUCGACGGACCGUUUGUAAACAGCACACACCCGUUGUCUGUUGUUAAAGAAAGCGAUUUUAUUCUCCAUGCUGGACCCUUAACGUUGCCUUUUAACAAACCUGGACUGUUUGAGGACAGUGUCAUUUAAACUGGAUAAAGCUGCUUCCUCCCUCUCGACAAGAUGAAUGCUUCUUUCGAGGACAUGGACCCCUCAGCUGAAAAUAGUUCAAUUGUUCAUCUGGAUGCGCCGAUACUCCCAGACAAGUCGGACAUCUCCAACAUGACCAUCAUUCGGACAAGCAACGGGUCCAUCAUCGAGGACGAGAUGUUUUUAAACACGAUGACCGCCCAGGCCCUCUCGGGCAUCUUUGUCUGGUCAGCUUUACUCAUAACGUGCCACCAGAUCUACACGCACCUUCGGUCCUACAGUAUCCCCAACGAGCAGCGCUACAUCAUCCGCAUCCUGUUCAUUGUUCCAGUUUAUGCCUUUGAUUCCUGGCUCAGCCUCCUUUUCAUCAGCAACAACCAGUACUACGUGUAUUUUGAUUCAGUGCGAGACUGUUAUGAAGCCUUUGUCAUUUACAAUUUCCUGAGCCUGUCCUUUGAGUAUCUGGGAGGAGAGAGUGCGAUCAUGUCAGAGAUUCGAGGGAAGCCCAUACAGUCAAGCUGUCUGUAUGGUACCUGCUGCCUCAGUGGGAUGAGCUACUCCAUCGGCUUUUUGAGAUUCUGCAAGCAGGCGACGCUCCAGUUCUGCGUUGUCAAGCCCAUCAUGGCAGUCAUCACCAUCAUCCUGCAGGCCUUUGGCAAAUAUCACGACGGAGAUUUCAAUGUUAACGGAGGAUACCUGUACAUCACAAUCAUCUACAACUUCUCAGUCAGCCUGGCCCUCUACGCCCUCUUCCUGUUCUACUUCGCGACAAGCGACCUGCUCAGGCCGUACGAGCCGGUGCUCAAAUUCCUCACGAUCAAGUCUGUCAUCUUCCUAUCUUUCUGGCAAGGGAUGGUCCUCGCCAUCUUGGAGCGCUGCGGCGUCAUUCCCAACGCCCUCUUCAUCGACGGGCAGGAGGUCGGCGCGGGCACCGUGGCGGCGGGCUGGCAGAACUUCAUCAUCUGCAUUGAAAUGUUCUUCGCCGCCAUAGCCCUCCUGUACGCCUUCCCCUGCACCGUCUACCAGGAGAAGAAAAAUGAAGUGCCAGAGAACAUCCCCCCGAUGCACAGCAUCUCCAGCGGCCUGAAGGAAACCAUAAACCCGGGGGACAUGGUGCAGGACGCCAUCCACAACUUCUCCCCAGCCUACCAGCAGUACACGCAGCAGUCCACGCAGGAGGUGUCCCAGCCCGCCACCAACGGGAAAGUGGCCACAGGCAACAAGACCUCCCGCAAGUCUGACAAAAUCAUGCUGAUCACAUCUGACGAUGAGUUCUAGGCUCGUUUCCAGCGGGACCCAGGUGUUUGUGGCCUCACCGCUUUAUCUCUGACCCUCUGGGGAAGCAGCUUUAUAGCUUUACAGAGCUGGAUUCAUUUUAUUUCCCCAGUAUUUAAGACGAACUGCUCUCUUCUGUCUUGUUCUGUUGAUAAAUUAAGCCGAAAGAGGAAGAUGAAAGUUAAAAUCGAUAGCUCAGCAGUCAGAGAACUGAUCAGUCCUCCAUCUUGGCUGUAAUAAUUUCACGAAAAUACAUUUCACAUUCGCUGGAGUUUCUCUAAAUCAAGCUGCUGGAAUGUUCUGCUGUGGUCCUGAUGCCGAUUCCGCCACCGCGCGCGCUCUCUGAAGUGCGGUCCCUUUGAUUCAUGCCACUUUCAGAAAGGAGAUGAUUAAUGCGAGACUCCAGGUAGGAAGCAGGGAAGCCAGCGACGACGAGGAACGCCACUUCGCUUUUUCUUGUUUGAAGUAUUUGCUGAUCACCGCUCUGCAAAGCUACCUGACGGAUGGAAGGAUCUGCUCAAAGACGCAUUCGUUUUGGAGCAAGAGUUUCAAACCGCAGACUGCACUUCACAAUCCUUCGUACCUACGGGAGCAUAAACUGUCUCCUGCAAAGUCGGACUUCUGUGGUUCUCAUUCAUUUUCCCAACAUGCUGACGAGUGUAAAGCAGUGCAAUGAAACACAUUCUAACUACUCAUUUUUUUUGCUUUUUCUUUGCACAUUGAAAAUCUUUUUUUUUUUUUUUUCAGAGCUCUUUGUGAUUAACAUGUCACAUCCCUAUUAAUAUUAUGAGUCCCGUCUUCCAGGGAUUAUGAAAUAUGUACAAAAUUUGACUGGUGUAAAUUGUGGUGUAUGAUACGUUGUAUUUGUGUAAAGAUUUAGAUUGUUAAUUGGGAAGAUCUUAUUUAUUGUUGCUCAGGCCUAGUUAGACCAAAACACUUUGAAGAAACUUUUGGCAGUUUCUCAUCUUUUGUUUUUCCACUAGAGAUGUUGUGUAAUUUUUUUUAUAUUUCAGGUCCCAGUUUGUUUAAUUUUUAUGCCCUCUUGUGCCAAUGAUAGCUGUCUUUCUGAGAAAACAGAAAUUAUUUUACGGUUGGGUACAAAGAUAUUCAAGGAAAAAAAAGUUGCGUGUUUUUGUCUUGUUUGGCAAUAACUCCCAAUAAAAUAACUGUUUUGCGUUAA